AAUCCUAUUUUUUUUGCUCCUUGUCCCGGUCCCACAGGUAUCCAUCCCCCCGCCCCUUUCUGGUCGCUCUUCACCUUCGCCCUGGAGAUCUGCGCUUACCCCAUCCGCAUCUAUCUUUCACCCUUUUCUACUUCCUCAUCAUACCCCACCCCUCCAUCCCACUCCCUAACAUUCCUUAACUCAUACCACCACUUUUACAGCUCUUUUUCUUUUCUGCAUCCCCAUACACUUUUCUAUUUGAUCAUUUCAUAGCCCUUCGUCUUUUAUUUCUCGCAUUCCCUUCUCAUCUCCAAAAUCCUAUACGAUCGACCGUUCUAUUCGUCAACACCACCGCUACCAUCUUUCAUAUUCACAGCGACAAGUGCGAGCAACAACCUGCCUCUUGCCUCACUACCACUAUGGCCCAACCAGAGAUUCAUCCCAACCCUUCCACGUCCACCGAACAUCACCCUAGCAGUACUCAAGUCCUCCCUCGGGCUUGCCAUACUGCCAGCAACAUACAGCUCCACGAUGAUUGCAGUCGUACCUUCGAUAGCUACAGCCAAUCCAAUGACCAACAUCUGCAACAAUCAAACAACGGUCCCACUUCCCACAACAACAACGCCCACAGCGAUAGCCGGCUCACACAGAAUCAUGACAAUCUACAUCGUCUCUCUAUCCAGAAUCUACCAACCCUGCAGGCCACAGACGUUCAACAACCCCGGCUUGGAAAUGAAGGGGCUGAUGAGCACAGCACGAUGACGGCGACAACGACGGCGACGGUACUCCGCGCAGACGGGCAUGUCCUGAACCCGGACAAGCUACGGUCAACGACCAGUGCACUCACGACCUCGAUAUGCUCCACCACCACCGUAGAGUCCAUAGACCUGAAAUCUUUCAAGGGCAUCUCACGUCUGAUCCAUCGCCAUUACAGUCGUGUGGAUUAUGUACGCUCCGAGGCGCGACUGGCCAAGGAAACGUAUUUGAUUGGCAAUAUCAAGUUUAAUCGCUGGAUUUUUCUCCCAGCUGCAUUCUGCUUCCAGGCCGUAUGUGGUACCUUGUAUGCCUGGUCUGUGUUCAACAACUUGAUUGAUAACGCGCUUUACAGCACUGACGAUGGCACUCCGACGACAAUCCAUAUGGCCGCCAUUACGUUCUAUGUGGCUCUCGGCUGCUUCGGUGUUGCUUCAUCUAUCAUGGGACCAUGGCUUGAGAGACAUGGCCCAAAAAAGGCUGGUCUCUUGGGCGCAGCUCUCUUUCUGACCGGCAACCUUAUUACAGCCGUCGGUAUCUACGUUAAACAAAUCAGCCUCGUCUAUGUCGGAUAUGGCAUUUUUGGAGGUCUCGGUCUUGGUAUCUCGUACAUCUCUCCUGUUUCUGCACUUCAAAAAUGGUUUCCAGAUCGUCGAGGUGUCGCUGCUGGUCUGGCUGUCAGUGGCUUUGGAGCCGGUUCGAUUGUCAUGGCCAAGAUUCCGGACCCACUUUCUGCUGCUGUAGGGCUCCCACUGACGUUUGUGGUCCUAGGAUGCGUGUACUUUGUGAUCAUGGUGUUCUGCGCCUUUGUGUUUCGAGUCCCUCCGCCGGGUUAUGUCGUUAAUGGCAUGAACGUAUGGGCAGUCCGUGUUGACGAUGUGGAUGAGCUAAACGACAUUAAGCUGAAAGGCACCUCGAUCGAGCAGUCUAGCCAUUUUGGGGGCGAUACGGAAAUCAACACAGGGACCAAUUCGUACAACGUUGGUUCACUUCAUCUUCUCCACACGUUCCAACAGUCUGAUCCUCACAGAAGCGUAGAUGAGCAUUCGGCCUCACCGAUCUCACCAAACUCUGCGACGCCGACCGUGGUACCCUCAAUGGUCCCGCCCAUGAAAGCCUCAGAACGACAGUCUGCGAAGACAGGGGCGCGCUCAAGUUUUGAUCCCAGCACAUCGUUGAAUCUAAUGGAUGCCUUGUAUUCGCGUGAGUUCAGGCUGAUGUAUAUUAUGUUCCUGGGCAAUACGAUGGCUGGGGUGGUUAUCAUCUCACGUCUUGCCAACGUUGCGACGGAUAUUUUUGGCCACAGCAAGGACAGUGCCUCGACCAUCGUGUCUAUCAACGGAGGGUUCAAUUUAUUGGGUCGCCUGGUUUUUGCUUCCCUCUCGGACCGUAUCGGUCGAAAGAACUCGUACCUGAUCAUGCUUGGUAGCCAGAUCAUCAUCCUUGCCUGCUUACCCAUCAUCAUGAAGUCGGGUGCCAAUUGGGCCUUCUUGAUGGUGGUGUGGAUUUUGACCGCCUGCUAUGGCGGAGGAUUCGGAUGCAUCCCAGCCUUCCUGUGCGACAUGUUUGGGCCGUCGAACAUUGGACCGCUGCACGGCGUAAUCUUGACCUCCUGGAGUCUCUCUAGUGUCGGUGCAGGCCUAUUGUUCACGGCCGUGUACAAUCGUCUUCUCAAGAGUGGGUACACGGUACACGAUGAUUAUAUCUAUGCUGUGAACGUACACUGGCUUCUGGCAGGAGUCGUUUGUGGUCUGUUUGUCACGCUGUUUAUUCGGACAGGGAUGCGCGACCGCCUAUUGCCGGAUGGUGCGGGCGAAUGGUUCCACAUUCGGGUCUUUGGGCGAAUUAUGAGAUUUGGCCGUUUUGGCGUGAGGUGGAUGUCAAAGGAAGAAGAGCAACAGGCGUGGACGGCGUAUGUGGUGCAACGGCAGCUGGAGGAUGAGCAGGACCAUGACCAUCAAAAUCCCGGGGUUGCUGGGGAGCGAGAUAGGACGCUGGACGGAGAAGAGAAGGCGAUCCAGACUAGAGGGACGAGACUAUAAUGGUUGUUUAGUGCCCAAUUAAGAGAGAUGCAGCAUAAUUCUCAUCUUUAUCCCCGGUUGCAAUUGUACCAUAGUUUCCAGUUUCCCCCCCUUGGUGCUGAAGUAAAACCUUUCAUCCCUCCUCCCCCUAAAUUGGUUUGGCUUGGUUUUGGUUUGUCCAACGCAUGGAUCGCUCAUUUACCCGUGGUAUUGCACUGUAACAAACAGCAAAAACAACAAACAACAAGAGGGACAUGGAUCUAUCUAUUGAUGUGUCUGUAUUUUCAUAUCACUGUAGGCCGUCCGCCCAUAUUGUGCAUAUCGUAGCAUGCAAACAAAAUAGAUCAGUAAGUCAACACACAUAUAUUCUUUCCUCCCCCCACCCCUGUCUUUUUCGUGCAUGCCAAGAAAGAGAUUGGUUUAUGUAUGGUCUAGGAACGAGUGCCUCGGGCCAGGUUCCUGGCUGGAUCUGGGAUGAAAGAAAAGGGAAAAAAAA